AUGAGGUUUUUCAAGAAUGAAUACGCUUAUAACUAUCCUUUUAUCGCUGUAUCUCUCGCCUACUUUCUUCGUUAUUCGAAUCCUUAUGCGCAACAUGUUUUAGCAACUGACGUCAUCGAGCGAUUUAUUGACCCGAACACGCGCCGGCUCCAUUCCACUCGGCUCCACUUGAAGCAGACCAAAAUUCCUUCGAGUAUUCUUAAGCUGCUGUACAAAGGGAGCGCGUCCGACCACUCUACUAAAAGUUAUAUAUUGGAGACCAGCAUCGUGGACCCUACAGAGGGUUGGAUGAGUACUGAGUCUCGCAAUCUAGAAUGGACCGGCAUUCUGAGCGUCGUGGAGAGACAGCAGUACCAGCGUCUUAGAGCAAGCGAGAACGCUCAGGGUCAGGAAAGAAUUCCACUUGAUCCGAACAGCGAGCAAACCGUCUUCCAUACCAAUAUUUCCCUACACUCUAGCCUCGGAGAGGACAAAUUUCUCAGUGAUCGGACUUAUACCAACAGGGAAGAAGAGUGGUUCACAAGAAGCUUCGUUUCCGCCUUAUCUGCAAUCGGCAUCAAGCGAGCUAUUGAAUUGAUCGGUGUCAAGCGGACUCGUGAAGCCGUCUCGAAAGGAGCGAAAGGUAUGAACCUUGUUCUUGAGCGGCUUCGAACUGGUGGAAUUACAUGUGUACUGGAAGGUAUACGACAGGAUCGCAGGGCUGCCUUCUGA